AUGAGUGGUUCAGGAAAGGGUUUAUUGGGUUUGUGGUUAUAUAGAAAUGGUUCUGACUGGCAAGUAAAAAACGAGAUUCCACAUCAUCCGAAAUUGGCAGAAAUACAAAUGGCGGCUCAGCAGCGUGCAGCUUCGGAAGGGGAGAGGAUUUCAGUGAUAUUUACUUUGAAGAACCAAGUCGGCGGAUUGGUUCGAGCACUGACUGUAUUCCAAGAUUUGGGCAUCAAUGUCCUUCAUAUAGAAUCUAGGAAAUCUGUGACUGCCAACGCUGCGGCGGAUAUCCUGGUUGACGUUGAAUGCGAUCCACGACGAAUGGAGCAGCUGCAGAGGAUGUUGAAGCGCGAAGUCCAAGAUUUCGAAGUGAUAUCACCACAGGUCGGUGAAGAGUUCCCUCCACCAACCCCGCUCUCUGCUGCAGCCAGCUUCGAUUUCGGUGAAAUGGUGUGGUUUCCUCGCAAAAUAUCCGAUUUGGAUAGAGCGCAGAAUGUACUGAUGUACGGUUCUGAGCUCGAUGCCGAUCAUCCAGGCUUCAAGGAUCCUAUAUAUCGUAAAAGACGCGAACAAUUCGCUGCUAUUGCCAACAACUAUAAAUAUGGGCAACCGAUUCCCAAGGUCCAGUACACGGAUAUUGAAAUUAGGACUUGGGGAAUUGUAUUCCGUGAGCUUCAUAAACUGUAUCAGAUGCACGCGUGCGAAGAGUAUUUGGAGAACUGGCCACAACUCGUCAAGUACUGCGGCUACAGGGAGGACAAUUUACCUCAGCUGGAAGAUGUGAGCGCUUUCUUGAAGCGGAAGACAGGCUUUCAGCUUCGUCCUGUUGCUGGUUAUUUGUCACCUAGAGACUUCCUAUCAGGUCUCGCUUUCCGAGUGUUCCACUGCACGCAGUAUAUUCGGCACUCUUCUGAUCCAUUCUACACUCCUGAACCGGACUGUUGCCAUGAAUUGCUCGGGCACAUGCCUUUGCUAGCGAAUCCAAGUUUCGCACAGUUCUCUCAGGAGCUUGGUCUGGCAUCUUUGGGUGCUACCGAUGAAGAUAUCGAUAAAUUGGCUACGCUCUACUUCUUUACCGUUGAGUUCGGUCUGUGUCGUCAGCCGGACGGUACCUUCCGAGUGUACGGUGCUGGUCUACUUUCUUCGGUGGCUGAACUUCAACAUGCUCUGUGCACACCUGACAAGAUUAAGCGGUUCGAUCCUGACGUUACUGUUAAUGAAGAAUGUAUUAUCACAUCUUAUCAGAACGCUUAUUACUACACCGAUUCAUUUGAAGAAGCUAAGGAGAAGAUGAGGGCUUUCGCUGAUAGCAUACAGCGUCCGUUUGGUGUCCGUUACAAUCCAUACACCCAGAGUGUUGAGGUUCUCAGCAAUGCACAGAAAAUAACAGCAUUGGUUCGAGAGCUGAGGGGCGAUAUUUGCAUCGUAUCGUCAGCUAUUAAGAAGAUCUCGGCUCAAGAUUCUACACUGGAUGUUGAAACUAUCGCCAAUAUGCUCCAUACUGGGUUACAGGUCAACGAAAGAAGUCCGCAAAGUACUUCUGGCAAUAGCUCCCCAAAUUCCGACAGGGGCAUUUCACCAAAACCAGAACCUACUAAAUAAAUAUGAUCUCUACGAUUUCCGUAUAAUAUUAAUGUUACCCAUACUAG